CGCCGACUCCGUUGCGCGAAAAUAAAGCUUCCUGUAAUCCCUUCCCGCUUCCAAAAUCCGAACAUCUUUUUUUCUUCGACCUCAUAAAUUUCCGAGUACAUUUACGUAAAUUCAAAUAAUUCCGAUGGCAGAUUCCAACAUCUUCAGUGUCCGGAUAGUCUCCAUCGACUACUACAUGGCGCCGCCGAUCCCGGGCCUCGAUGUCUCUUACAGUGGCUUCCAUGGUGGAAUGGUGAAUGAGGUUCCGGUUAUAAGGGUAUACGGGUCGACUCCAGCGGGUCAGAAAACUUGCUUGCACAUUCACCAAGUCUUACCAUAUUUGUAUGUGCCAUGUUCCGAUAUUCCAAUUCAACCUAACCAAGAAGGUGGUUCAUACACACAUGACAUAUCUCUAGCUAUGGAGAAAGCUUUGAAGCUUAAGAGUAAUUUGAAGCGGCAACAUGUCCAUGGCUGCAGCCUUGUCCGAGCAAAGAAAUUUUACGGUUACCAUUCAUCAGAGGAGCUGUUUGUGAAGAUUUACUUCUAUUACCCACAUGAUGUCACUCGUGCUGCCAAUCUUCUUCUGGGUGGAGCAGUUCUUGAUAAAUGUCUACAGCCUCAUGAAUCGCACAUUCCUUUCAUUCUCCAAUUUAUGAUUGACUACAACUUGUAUGGGAUGAGUCACCUGCAUCUGUCUAAGAUGAAGUUCCGUCAUCCAGUACCAGAUGCUUUUUCCCCAAGGAAAUUCUUUAAUGGACAAUCUUGCACGGCUGCUGAUUUCCAGGCAGAUUUAAGUGAUGGUUCAUCUUCUGGUUUACCAGUUUGGAUAUCUUCCACCAUUCCUGCUAAUUGGUUGUGGCCUUCUCCAAGUGAAUUUGAUGCAUCAUCAAAUUUUGGUGUUAACUGUGCCACACGUCAAAGUGUUUGUCAGCUUGAAGGGGAUGCUACUGUGGAUGAGAUUCUUAACCAGCAGUUUAAAAUGUAUACAUCCCUAUCUCAAACCCAUUCAGAUGUUAAAAUGGUUCAGUCACUUGUACCAAUUUGGGAGGAGGAGUAUGAAAGGUCAGGAAUGCAUGAGAUGGCAAUAUCUUCUGAUCCUAGCAAACCACCACCAGGAGAUGUCUUAAAAACUUUCUCGCUUGGUUUAGAAUUUGAGAAUAAACUUAUUGAGUUACAAAGUGAACCAGAAAGUUCAUUGUAUUUAACUCCAUCAGAGAAAGAUUUGAAGUAUAUGCAGAGUGUGUCAUCUUCAGUGGAUCAAAGAAAUAUGCUUGGACUUCGAAGAGAUAGUCCUAAAUGCAAAGAUAGUGAGCAUUCAGAGUGUUCUAAAGAACGAGAAGUAAUUCAGUGUUUGUCACCAGACUCACGGCAUGCUUCUAAAUGUGAAGAGGAUGGUACGGUACCUACUAAAGAGAUGGAUGCAUGUGCCAAACUAUCACUGGAUGCAUCUCAAAUGAUUGAGACAUUAGAAAUGAAGGAUGCAAAAGAAACCCUGGGUCUUCUAAGGUGGCUUGCCUCUUCUGAGGCUGCUGAUGAUAUAAAUUCUGAUGAUGAGCUUGUUCGUGAAACCAUUCUAAGUCCUUUGUUGCCUGCAACAACCAUUGAAAAAGUGUUGGAGAAAGCUAAUAUGGACCUUGAGAGUGAGUCCCAAAAGGAAUGUCAGGACAUACUUGAUUCAAUUGAUGAUUUAAUUAACUUUGAGGACUUGAAGGAAGAAUCAUAUCCCUCUAACCAAAAUCAUUCUCCUAACGCCUCAUCUGAGAAAAUGAUUCCCCAAGUAGAUGGUGCUGGAGAUGACAUACCCUUAACUCCUUGUGCUGGAACAACUGGAAAUUCUUCUGAAAUGGAAUUGGAGACUAAAUUUGGUAGGACUUCUGGACACCGAUUGUCAAAGGAUGCUGGAACAAGCUUUAAUCAUAAGCGCAAAAGGAAAAAAGUAUUAUGGGGUUCUUUACCUUUGUCUGCCCAAGAGUUGAUGAAUGACAGAGAAGCUGUCAGUUUUUGUGGUGACACUAAGGACGUUGUUAGUAGAAGUUCCUUCUCUGAAAAGGCAGUGGGAAAGGAUGAAGAUGCUUCAAUGAAAGAUGCAAAUACUGAUGUUUGUGAUAUAAAGGACACUACUACAUUGAUUGGUUGCUCUGUGAGAGACUUAAUGAGGAGAAAGCGGUUCUACAAAGUUGAGGCAGUUGAAUGUGGCUCUCAGGGGGUUAAUAAUGAUAUUUUGGAGGGGGAACAAAAAGAAGAUGUAAAUAUUUGCCCAAGACACUUAGAUUUUAAGAGGCUUCAUGUUGGUGAGCUUGAUGGGAGGACAAAUGAGUCUUUUGACAACAGUCUAUCAUUAUCUGACAAGCAGUUUGUCGUUAAAACUGAUUUGGGCUGUGCACCAUGUGGUAAAUUUGAAUGUUUGUCUAGCAGUGGCAACUCAUUAGAUGCUAGUGCGUUAGGCAAUGGAAAAUUUAAUUCUUUUAUGAGCAAUAAUGAUGAUGGCAUAAGAGACAUCACCCAGUCUUGGCUUUCUACUUCAAGCUGUUUGCAAAGUGCUAUGGAGUUUGAAAUGUCUUGUAAAGAUGGUGAUAUAAAAAGCAGUCUUGAAGGCCAACCUUCUAGAGGAUGGAUACAUGAAUUGUCUACGGAGAAACCUGCAGGCAUCAAUGCCACUGCUGAAAUGAUUGUUUUUAAUGAUGGACAAAGCCAGGGAGGGGAAGCAUCCAUGGUCUGCAAAUCUGAUACAGAAGAUAAGAACUUAAUUAUGUUGGCCUUCUGCAAGGAACCCCCUAUAGCAGAUUGGACAGAUAGAACAUCUGAAAUAUCUGUUGGUCAUACAAGCUCAGGGAGAAGUUUGCAUGAUUUUCUCCCAUAUUUUGUGGGAAGUGCCCAAGAAGAGAAAGAAAUCCAGAACAAGUGCAUGAGAGCUAGCAAUUCUAGUUCUCAUCAAGAAGCUGUUCUUGGUGUCCCUACUCACUAUCAGAAUGAUGGCUCUCACUUGUAUUUGUUGACACCUGCAAUUUCACCUCCUUCUGCAGGGAAUGUAAAGAGAUGGCUGUCAAGUGAUGGCAAAGGUACCUCUGCAGAAGGCAAUGUAGCAUUAUCAGAACCUUCAUCUCAGAAAGGAUCCUUUAGCAGUGUUGCUCACUCACAAAGUCCAUUGCUUGAUGAUGGUGAGAAGUCAUCGCCUGAAUAUGAUUCUACAGUUCAUGUGCAGCAUAAUAUGGUGCAAGGUUCACAAGAUAACUGCGAAAAAGUUGAUGAAGAUAACUGCGAAAAAGUUGAUGCAGUAAUCAACCCUUUCUAUAAUGAAGUGACUGAAACACUGCAGGGAGAAGGAAAUGAUGCAAAAGCUAAAGCAUCUUCUUAUUUCUCAGAAGACAUAUCUCAGAUUUCAGGGCCAGAUGGGAGAUCAAAACCUACUCCUCUUAGUCAAAUUGGAUUUCGGGACCCUGCAAGUAUUGGUGGUGGGCAGCAGCUGACAUCGUUAAGUAUAGAGGUUCAAGCAGAGUCAAGAGGAGGUCUCCAACCUGAUCCUCGAAUUGAUGCCGUCAAUAUUAUAGCUCUUGCGAUUCAGAAUGAUUCUGAUUCUAUUGUAGAAGUUUAUGUGCUUCUGCGUAGUAAAUCUGAAAGUUGUCAAAGGAGUCUUGAUGGAAUUUCUGGCUCUAACAUGUUGAUUUUUUACGAAGAGAAGUGCUUAUUCGAUCACUUCAGGAAAAUCAUAUGUUCAGUUGACCCAGAUAUUUUAAUGGGUUGGGAUAUUCAAGGUGGUUCUCUUGGGUUUUUGGCAGAAAGGGCUUCGCAUCUUGGCUUAGGUUUACUUAAUAAUAUAUCCCGGACACCAUCUGAAACCAAGAUGGCUGCUGGAGAUUCAGAAAUACCUGAAAAGGGCUUGUUAGAUAAUAUAUUUCCUGAGUCAGUUAUUGCUGAUUCUGUUAUGAUAGAAGAUACAAUAAUCGAGGAUGAAUGGGGGCGAACCCAUGCCAGUGGUAUCCAUGUUGGUGGUAGAAUUGUCCUUAACAUCUGGCGACUGAUGCGUGGUGAAAUUAAGCUCAAUAUUUACACCAUUGAAGCUGUUGCUCAUGCUGUGUUAAGACGAAAAAUUCCUUAUAUUCAUCAUAAAGUACUGACAAGAUGGUUUUCUAGUGGUCCCGGACAAGCAAGAUAUCGAUGCAUUGAGUACUUGAAAGAGAGAGCGAAAUUGAACCUUGAGAUAAUGAAUCAACUUGAUAUGAUAAACCGAACAUCAGAACUUGCACGUGUGUUUGGCAUCGACUUUUUUUCAGUUCUUUCCCGAGGUUCACAAUACCGUGUUGAGUCUAUGUACCUGAGAUUGGCACAUACUCAGAACUAUCUUGCUAUUUCCCCUGGGAAUCAACAGGUUGCUUCUCAACCUGCAAUGGAGUGCUUGCCUCUUGUGAUGGAACCAGAGUCUGGUUUCUAUGCAGAUCCUGUAGUUGUUUUGGAUUUUCAGUCUCUUUAUCCAUCAAUGAUAAUUGCAUAUAACCUUUGCUAUUCUACAUGCCUUGGGAAAGUUAUACCUUCAAAGCCAAAUACACUUGGGAUUAGUUCAUUUUCACCAGAUCCACGUGUUCUGCUGGACUUAAAAGAUCAAAUAUUGCUUACUCCAAAUGGCGUUAUGUAUGUACCAUCAAAGGUUCGUAAAGGUGUACUUCCCCGCUUGUUGGAGGAAAUAUUAUCCACUAGAAUAAUGGUGAAACAAGCAAUGAAAAAGCUGUCUCCUUCGCAGCAAGUUCUUCUUAAGAUAUUCAAUGCCAGACAGCUUGCUUUGAAGUUGAUAGCAAAUGUAACAUAUGGCUAUACAGCCGCUGGAUUUAGUGGCCGCAUGCCUUGUGCAGAGCUGGCAGACAGUAUUGUUCAGUGUGGUCGUAGUACAUUGGAAAAGGCUAUUUCAUAUGUAAAUGCACAGGAAAGAUGGAAGGCUAAAGUUAUUUAUGGUGACACUGACAGCAUGUUUGUCCUCCUAAAGGGACGUAAUGUUGAAGAUUCAUUCCGAAUUGGGCAUGAGAUUGCAUCAGAAAUCACUGCAAUGAAUCCAAAUCCAGUUGUUUUGAAAAUGGAGAAAGUUUAUCACCCAUGCUUCCUCCUUACUAAGAAGCGAUAUGUUGGUUACAGUUAUGAAAAGCCUAAACAAAGUAAACCUGUUUUUGAUGCAAAAGGUAUUGAGACAGUUCGUAGAGAUACAUGUGGUGCUGUUGCCAAAACAAUGGAGCAGUCAUUAAGACUUUUUUUUGAACAUCAGGACAUUUCUGAGGUUAAGGCAUAUUUGCAGCGCCAGUGGAAGCGGAUCCUAUCGGGAAGGAUUUCUCUUCAGGAUUUUGUUUUUGCAAAGGAGGUUCGCCUGGGCACCUACAGUACAAGGGCUACUUCAUCACUCCCACCAGCUGCAAUUGUGGCCACUAAAGCGAUGAGAAUUGAUCCAAGGGCAGAACCACGUUAUGCGGAACGAGUGCCUUAUGUUGUAAUCCAUGGAGAACCUGGGGCUCGCCUGGUUGAUAUGGUUGUGGAUCCACUGGAACUCUUGGCUAUUGGUUCACCCUAUAGAUUAAAUGAUAUAUAUUACAUUAACAAGCAGAUAAUCCCAGCUUUACAGCGGGUGUUUGGGCUUGUUGGAGCUGACUUGAACAAGUGGUUUUUGGAGAUGCCCCGCCCAAUACGGGAGGCCUUUGCGAAGCGACCCUUUAAUGCUACAAAUCCACACCGAACCCGAAUUGAUUUUUAUUAUCUCUCAAAACAUUGUAUCUUAUGUGGUGAGUUGGUCCAGGCAUCAUCCCACCUUUGCAUUGAAUGUUCCCGAAACAGAGCUGCUGCUGCAACAGCUAUUGUUGGAAGAACUUCAAAACUGGAAAGAGAGAUGCAACACCUUGCUGCUAUAUGUAGACAUUGUGGAGGAGGGGACUGGAUUCUGGAAAGUGGUGUGAAAUGCACUUCCCUUGCAUGCUCAGUGUUUUACGAGAGGUGCAAGGUUCAGAAAGAAUUACGAGGUCUUGCUUCUGUUGCUACGGAAAGUGGUUUCUACCCAAAAUGCAUGGUUUUAGCUCCGCCAUAGUCUCUCUCUCUCUCACUUUCCAUUCUAAUGGCGCAAACCCCAUUUUCUCUCCUCCUCCUCAGACGUCUCUCUCUCCCAGCCUCCUCAAACCCUAAAUCUUUUCCUUCUGUCUUUCACCUCCUCACCACCACGACCACUAAACGAUUCUACUCCACUUCCCCAACACCAACUUCUUUUUCUUCUUCUUCCUCAGACACAAAACCCCAAUCGUCCCUCUCUGCCCGCUUGAGCUUCGUCUUCGAUCAAAUCGAUGCCAUAGAGAAAGAACGCUCACAGAAGGACGAAACGCUCCAGCGAAUCCGAGCUUGGCGCGAAUCCAAGAAGGCCCAGCAGCAGCCGGACUCAGGGUUAGGUUUUGCCACUGAUGCUACUGCUAAGGAUUUGGAUUCCAAUUACACCACUUCGGCUUCGGCCAUGGCUGAUGCUAAGUCGAAACCGGUUGCCGAGUCUGAUAGGAGGAUGUUUGGGGUGAAGAAUGAGGUGGAAUUGGUGCAUCCAUGGCCGGAGUGGAUCGAAUUGAUGGAAAGGUUAGUGCAGCAGAACUACUUCGAUCACCGGAGGAAGGACGAGGACAAAAUGGUCCAAGAAUUGGGCUUUGAUGCUGCCGUAGGUGCUACUACGGUUUCUGAUGCCAGUGGUUUGGAUUUUAAGGAUUUUAAAACUGUUCAGACUGCCUGCCUCAAUUUCGGAAAGGACCGUUUCGAUAUUAUGAGGUCCUUAUCGAGACAGGAUAUUCAAAUCUUGGUGGGUUUUGGAUGUGCAAGUGCUGACAAGAAGGUGGUUUUCUCUGCAAAAUUGUUAAGGAAGCAUGUUCACCUUGAUGAAGGAGAUGUUUGUAGUACCUGCAGUUUGAGGAAUUCCUGUGAGAGAGCAUAUUUGAUAACUAACAAAGAGGAUGAGGCACGAACUAUAGAUAUUAUGCGUGUUUUAUUAGCUUACGGUUUUGAUCCGAGUGAUGAAUCAGUCAAUAAGUCUGUUCUGAAACAAAAAUCUGUGAAGACUGUAGUCCGCAAGUUGCUUCAUGAAGUUGUCAAGUUGAGUUCUGUACCAAUAGAUCCAAAUCUUCCACCUCCUGUAAUUAAAAAGCCUCCUCCGAAAGUGAAGCAGCCUCCUCCCCCUCCGAAGAAACGAGUUGGACGUGAUGAUAUUGAGAUGAAGAAGGGGGAUUGGCUAUGCCCUAAGUGUGACUUCAUGAAUUUUGCAAAGAACACUGUGUGCCUGCAAUGUGAUGCCAAACGUCCAAAGAGACAGCUGCUUCCAGGGGAAUGGGAAUGCCCCCAGUGCAACUUCUUAAACUAUAGGAGAAAUACAGAAUGUUUUCAUUGUGAAUGCAAGCGCCCACCUGAUGAAUUCAUGGAAAACAAAAUACAAGAAAAGCGACAUGCUCCUAUGAUGAGGUUGGAGAGGGUGGCUAACCAGACAGAUUUUUCUAAUGCAUGGAAUUUUGACUUUGAUGACAAUGAAUCAGACGGGGCAGAUGUUGCUGCUUUUGAGUAUGCAGAUUCCUCAAAGGGAGAAAGUUCUCCUUUAGAUAACCAUGCUCAAGGAAAUCUUGGGAGACCCGGAUACGAAUAUAGUAAAGGUAGCAGGGUGCAGAGCGUUCAUGAUGAAGAAUUUUCUGAUACUGAAUCUGGUAGACCUGGUACGGGAUUUGAUGAUUUUGAUGAUGAAGAAGAUGAUAUUGACAGCUAUGAGCUAGACACUAGCAAUAGAAAUUCAGCAUAUAAGGUUUCUUCAAUUGAUUUUUCUGACUUAGAAGAUGCUGAAAGCCAUGACACUAAUUUGCUUGCUCAUCAUAGAACAAAAACCCCAUUUUACAGUAAGCAAUCUAAGUCGACGCGUCAAAGGGCAGCAUUCUCUGGCUCUGAUGAUGAUGAACUUGAUUUUGAUUCUAACAAGGAACUUCCAGCGCACCCCAAAUGGAAGUCCAGUCAUGUUGCUGACCAAGGACCAAGAGGUAGAAAUAGAGGUCGCACUGGUCCUUCUAAAGGAUUAAGUUUUGGUUCUGAUGAUGAAGUUGGACUCUACUCUGAUGUGGAUGGUGAUUCAGAUGAGGAUUUCAGAUCCAAGAGAGGUAAGACUAAUAAAUUGGGUUCAGGGAGAAGGGAUUUUGGCAGGAGAGGAACUUCUGAUGUUGAAGAUGAUUUGUUUUCUGGUUCAGAAUCAGAGAAUGAUGAUAGGCAUUCUCAUAGAAAUAAAAUUAGAGGGAACAAAGCAGAAUUCAGUAAAAGAGGUAACAAUUCAAAAGGUCUUGGAAAUCAUAGCUUCACCAGGGAGACCAAAUCCCGACCAAAUGGGAUGAAGGGUGGUGGAAGGAACUCUUUUGAUGAAGAUUAUGAUGGAUUCUCACAAGGGCACCGUGGCAAUAAGGGAGACAAUUCUAAAGGUUUUGGCAAUCGUAGCUUCCGCAGGGAGACAAAUUCAAGACCAAAUGGAAUGAAGGGUGGUAGAAGGAACUCAUUUGAUGAUGAUGAUUCUGAUGGAUUCUCACAGGGGCACCGUGGCAAUAGAGGAUUUAGAGGAGACCGUGAUGCGCCGAGAAUAAUCAACAAAGGUGGUAAUAUGCAGAAGUUUAAGGGGCCUAGAAGAGAAGGAUUUCAAGGUGCUAGGCACAAGGAUUAUGACAGAGACAUGGAUAGAGAUUUUGGUGAGUUUAGAAACAGUAGACGCAUUAUUGAGAGAUAGAUCCGAGCCACUGUAAUUUCACUAUUUAUUGAUUCUUUUAUACUACAAAUGAUGGCGAAAGAUCCAUAAAAAUGAAUACUGUCUAUCGAGGUCAGAAAAGGAAGCCCCGGAUAAACACAAUGUACCAAGUUUGUAAAGAGAUAAAGUUGUUCUCUGCUCAGUUUUUACC